CUUUAGCUUCACUUUGCAGUCAAGUUUCUGUAGUGCAGGACGUACGCCGGUGUGCUGUAUUGUCCAGUAGUGUUGUGAACCUGACGGCAUCUGUGUUUUUUUUUUCUCUCUUCUAUGUGGUGUUGCCUCUCCCAUUCCCCAGCAUCAACAUCAACAGCAGCAUAGGGACGCUGUUUCUCUUCGAUUUCGGUUUUAAAAAGUUGUGUGUUGGACAAAUUCAACGUGUGGCGCCCACCCAGUAUAAUGUCGACGGCAUUGCGUUCCUCCUAUUCUAUGCAGAGUAUGGAAAGUCUCUAUUCAAACAGCUCCAAGUUUUCCGCCCUGCACCGACGCAAGGUUGCUGCUAGGCAACCGGGCAUGGUGCUAGCGUCCGACAGCGAUGUGCGGCACCGGGUAAUGUCGGCGCGCAUGUUGCGCCUGAAGCAGUUGCAAAAUCAGCUCGAAGCGGCCAACAUGGUCAUUGCGGAGCUGACCAAAGAUAAUCGGGUGCUGAAAUCGGUACAGAAGCGCCAGGAUUCGGCACUCUCCAAGUACGUCAACUCGAACGCGGAGCUGCCGAAGCUGCUCAACUCGCACGCGGAAGAGGUGCGCACGUGGCAGACGAAGUAUCGCAACCUGCAGAACCAAAACAAGGAGCUGAUCAGCAAGCUGAAGGCCAAGGAUGCCCACAUACUGACGAUCACGGACCAGAACAAGCAUCUGGUGCAGCUCAACAAAGAUAAACAUUUAGAAGAACGCGAAAGACUGGCCGACAGGGUGCGGUACCUAGAAAACAGGCUCAUGGAGAAGGACAACGAUGCCAAAUUACUCUCUAGAAGGAUUCAACUCGAUUCGAAAAAUUUCAAAGCCCAACUGCAGCAGGAAAUGCUGAAGCAACGGGAGCUGGCGCAGAAGCUCGAGCGCACGCAGCAUGAAGUCAACCGGCUCAACUCUGUGAUUGAGAUAUACGAGAAACGCACUCCUUCGACGCUGUUGAAGAAUAGCAACUUUCUGAUGAAGACGUCCAAACCGUCCUCAGGACAGCAGCAGCAACCACAACAGCCAAUGCAGCAGCAAAUGAUUCGAUACGGAAACGGUUCCUCGCACAAAUCCCCUUACCCGGUAAGAUGGCAGGUGGUAAAGCAUGUAUAUUGUACCCAAAUUAACGUUUUUCGUUCCAUUUUGCAGAACUUUUCUGAACCUUCCCCGGUAACGAACCUGGACAUGAGCCCGAAGGUGAAACCAAACGCUCACGAAGGAGGCGAAGGGGACAAAUCACCCACUCCCAGCCCGAGAAUACUGCAACCCUUGUCGCCCCGGGACGAGGAAACGCCUGCCGCUCACCAGAACUCCUCCAAGCUUAGGAAGAGACACAGCUCCAGAAAGCAUAAGGGCGACGCACAAUCGGACGAGACCGGCACGAACGGAAAGCCGGACGGAACGGCGGAGCACCAGUACGACGAGGGCAUGUGCUCCGAGUUUAACCAGUACGCGCUGGAGCAGGAGGCCGAGUUCGACAAGGCCAUUGCGUCGGAGCUGUUCCGGCUGCAGACGGAAAUGGGUCCCGGUGCUGCGGCCAAGCUGCUAAAAGGCCAAACCGUCAAGCGGUACAGUGCCACGACGGAAACGUCCUACGAGGAUGACUACGAGACGGACCUGUCGCCGGAGAAGAGUGUCGACCAUCUGAGCGAAAUCUUCGAGCAUAAGGCCCACAUCAGCGAGCUCGAGGAACAGUUUCGUGAGGCUGGCUCGUCGGCCACCACCACCAACGGAUACUCGGCCGGCAAGGACAAUGGCAAGGGGCGUGCGGUGAAGAAGCGGGUGAUCAAUUCGUCCGAAACGAACGAUUCCGACUCGGUGGAGAGCGGCAGCCGGUCGUCGGCGGCAAGGGAUCUGGAAGCGAUGAAACAGGAGAUGCAUCAAAGUAUACUGAAAAAGGAAGCGCUGCUGGACACGUUCUGCGACGAGCUGCAGCACGGUAAGGAAGCGUCGAAGGUGGUGGCGCCGCUGCCUCCAUCGCUCAACCGGCCCAAGCUGGACAACACCAAGCGCGUGCAGAUCGAUCCGAAAAAGAAGCAAAACUUGCUGGAAGUGUUGAAGGCAAUCGAUGGUGAUAGUUUCGAGAAGUGAGAGGCUGAGGUGUGGAACCGGAAGCUCUCUGGCGCAUACUUUUUCGAGAGUUUUCCGAGUGUGGGCAAGUUGCGGGCAAUGAAAUUGAUGAAUCCUAUUUAUGUAGGCAGUAGUGUGUGGUGGUGUUGGUGGUUAACGCCAGGGACAGUGUAGAGAUAUAUUUUUUAAUAAAUCGUAUCUUUGAAAGGAA